AAUAAUAAUAAUAGCAAUAGCAAUAAAAUCCCCUUAAAAAUAAAAUAAGACAGUAGGCUCUCAUUCUGGUCAGUCUUGUAUAAUGUAUGCGUAUCUGCACAGAGAGACGUUAAUGGUGGUAAACUACGUGAUGAGAUUUGGGGUCAUUUUUACUUUGCUUUUGUGCUUGCAUUCAUAUUGUUUGUUUGCUACCACCCUAUCACUUCCCCAAAAAUGCAAAAAGCCUUUUUGAAAAUCCCAAUUCAAACUCUUGACUAUCUUGAACCUAAGUAUUAUGCAAUUGAGUCAGGUUAGACGGAUGACAGCCGUGUUAGCUCUUACAUCUCUGAACCCACGAAACGAGGAGUCAAAGCCCAGGCUGUGGAUGGGAGGGCCUGCAUGACUCGGGCAGCCCUGAAGCCUCAAUCAAAAGAUCCUAUGCACUCGUCAUACUGGUCAUGUUGAUCAUAUGAAUUAAAGACACUAUCUCCAAUUGAGCAAACUUGAAUGAAUUUUCCUUUAAAGUUUGGCUUGUUUCUAAGUUACUCUGAGAGAAAAGAAAAGUACUACAAAUAACGAAUGGUGUGUGGAAGCUCUCUGUAUUUGCCCUCUGAAGAAACUGCUCUGUUCCUUCUUGUUUUAGAUGCAGAACUUUCAGAGGACACUUGGGGUGAUUUCAAGUGCAAAACAGACAAAAUGAUGGGGAGGUUUUUUUCCUCAGCUGCUGGAAAUAAGAACGCUGUUGGACUUAAUAUCAAUUGAUCCUCAAUUCCACAUUGGGCUUCCAAAGCCAGGAAUAUGUAUGGGAUGGGAAGAAGAUGUAUCUAGGCGGAGCCAUGAAAAUAGAUCAACAGGGGUCGGCUUUUUCCCCAUUUCACCAGAAAUGGCUUCUCCUGACCUUUCUUCCACUCUUGUUUCUUACAUGAUUUACGGCUUUUUCAAGUUCAAAAUGUGAUUUUAUAUACACGAUUUCAUUUCAUUUCCUUAUGCUAGCUCUCUUGUGAGAGAUUUUCUCAAAACAACAACAACAACAACAACAAAAUAACAUGGUGUAGUCAGUGUAGAUAUGAGCAUCCCACAACUCAGUUGUAACAUUGAUGCUACACCAUUGUAUAGAAACAGAAUGCCCAACCAGAAAUGUGCGUCCCCUUGAAUGGGAGACAAAUAACUAACAAAAGUAUAUGAGGCUAUACCGCCUGCACACAGGGCUCAGCCUCUGGAAGAGAAUCUGCUGAGCCCAGUGCGGGUACCAAGAAACACUGCUUCCUGCUGAUAGCUCUGGUAUCAUGUGCCUCUGUCCCGGAAUCCCACAACUUUUCUCAGGAGCUUGUGAUCUGGAGACACAAGCCCUGGUACUGGAGGUGGGCCCUGGACACAGAGAGGUGACCUUGUCUGGUGCCAGUGGACUGAUAAAUCCAUAGGAGACAAGCCCUUCCAGCAGGCUGGAGCAAGAAGCCUGGGAGCACAAAGGAGCCCAGUGAGGCCCAGAAAUCAGUGCAGAAACCAAUGCCCAUUGGACAGGGACGAGCAGAAUGGCUACCUCCUUCCCCGAGACUGAGCUGGCCCUGGAGGCAGUUGGAACCACACCCUACGACUAUGACUGGGCACUGCCCUGUGAAAAAGUCAAUAUCAAGGAGCUGGGGUCGCGGUUUCUGCCCCCGCUGUACUCCCUGGUGCUCGUGGUGGGGCUCCUGGGCAACGUGGUGGUGGUGCUGAUCCUCACCAAGUACAGGAGGCUCAAGGUCAUGACCAACAUCUAUCUGCUCAACCUGGCGAUUUCUGACUUGCUCUUUCUCUUCACUCUUCCCUUCUGGAUCCACUACGUUGGGUGGAACGAGUGGGUUUUUGGUCCUUUCAUGUGCAAGCUCCUCUCGGGGUUUUAUUACCUGGGCUUGUACAGCGAGAUCUUUUUCAUCAUCCUGCUGACCAUCGACAGGUACCUGGCCAUCGUCCACGCCGUGUUUGCCCUUCGAGCCCGGACGGUGACUUUCGGUGUCAGCAGUAGCAUCUUCACCUGGGUCCUGGCAGUGCUGGCGGCCCUCCCCGAAUUUAUCUUUCAUGAGUCCCAACAGGGCUCCGAAGAGUCUGUCUGCAGUCCUCUCUACCCAGAGGACGAGGAAGACAGCUGGAAGCGUUUCCAUGCUCUGAGGAUGAAUAUCUUGGGUCUCGCGCUCCCUCUGCUCAUCAUGGCCGUCUGCUACUCUGGGAUCAUAAAAACACUGCUGAGAUGCCCCAACAGAAAAAAGUACAAGGCCAUCCGGCUCAUUUUUAUCAUCAUGGUGGUCUUUUUCAUUUUCUGGACCCCCUACAACCUGGUUCUCCUUCUCUCUGCUUUUCAAAUGAACUUACUGGAGUACAGCUGUGAGCGCAGUAGACAUCUGGACCUGGCCAUGCAGGUGACGGAGGUGAUCGCCUAUACCCACUGCUGCGUCAACCCUGUCAUCUACGCCUUCGUCGGCGAGAGGUUCCAGAAAUACCUGCGCCAUUUUUUCCACAGGCACGUGACCAUAUACCUGGGCAAAUACAUCCCAUUCCUUCCUACCGAGAAACUGGAAAGAAGCAGUUCUGUCUCCCCGUCUACUGGGGAGCCCGAACUGUCUGUUGUGUUUUAGAUCAGGUGCAGAAAACUGCCUGUCGAAGCCGGACUAGGCAGGUGAAGCUAACACACUGUGUCAACAACAUUGAACUCUGGGACAGGUCUUUGAACUUUCAGCACAAUAGCAAAGCUCUUGAAGACCUUAAAACAUAUGCAAUACGGGCAGUGUGGUGCUUACACCCAAGGUCAUUACCAGAGGCCAAGGGCUGGACAGUUUACCCACUGAAAACCAAAAAAACUACAGCUUUGCUUGAUUCUCUGAAGACUUACCUAAGUUUGGAUAUUAGAUAAUAUACACAGCCACAAACAGGUAAAACUUCUUAUAUUUUAAAACGUAACUUCAGCCACUUACGGACAGAAAUGAAUUCCUUCACAAAAUGCAUUAAGUCAAAUUACUUUAUUUUCUCAUAUGCCUAAACAAAAUUCUUUCUUUGCUUGGUAAAAGGGUUUUGCCUUCUUUUUUUUUUUUUCUUUUUUGCUAUAUGGAUAAGUACUCUCAAGCAACAUAAUGGCACGAUGCCAUAGCUGUUCUAAAUAUUCUUAAUAGUUGGUUGGUUUCCUGUUCACACCAAAUGACCUCAUGUCUCUUGUGUGGCUCACAGAGCCCUAAAAGGUGCACUCUAUAAAGUAGGGGGAUUCUAUACGUGAGAAGAAGCCCCAGUGUGGAGUGGAGGCUGUAGGCUCAAAGGGACUCACUGAAGUCACUGGUUCUCAAAUGUGUCAUCAGAAGCACUGGGCUGGGUCUAAUCUUACCCCAGAGUUUCAAAAGUGGUGGGUCUGGAGUGAGACCAGAGAAUUUGCCACAAAUGCGAGUUCUCCAGCGUUGUCAACGCUGCUUUUCCUGGGAUCACACUUUUAGAACAACUGCACUAACUAACAUGCUCCUAGGUGCACUUCUGCCUUCUUCUGGAAACUCAGGAUUUCGCAGUUGUCAGAGAAAAAUGUAAAAGACCCUUUCGAUGGAUCUCUGCUAAAGAUAGUUGCCAUCUGAGAAGACUGUGAACAAAGUCAAUCCAUCAGAAACCAAUCAACUCAGUAGGAAUAUCUAGUCCACUGGUUUUGGUAAGAUGAGCUUGGCUGGAAUACCCAUAUCGAGCACCCUGCACUAGAAGCUGCAGGAGAUUCUAAGAUGGGUGGGACUUGCAUGAACUGCAUUCUAAAGAGAUAAAAAAUGCAACUUAUGACAUAAACAUAUUUCAAAAAAAAAAGUAGGAAUGACCCAGGAACGAGGACUUUCUUUCUCCCUGUUUAUGGCUUCUUGAGAAAGUGAGUUCUAAGCUUCUGCUUAAUGUGUGCCCCUCAGUAGAGACUAUGUACGAGAAGGUGUCAUGAACCCACCAGCUGUUCAUCCAACAGCUGUCUGUUAGGGGUCAGGGACAGGAUGCACACACACUGCCGUUAAGUGAAGGAUGCAUAAGACAGACACAAUCCCUGCCCCCAUGAAAACUUCAGUCUAGUGAGAGGUGUAAGACAGAAACUAAUAACUCCAGUAAGAAGAGGCAGGCACUUGAUGCUGUGCCUGGAGCUGAGAAGGGAAAAGCCAUUUCAGGUGAGGGAGGACUUCACGGAGGAAGUGGCUUCUGACCAGGUGUCUGAAGAAUAGACAGUAAAGGAUUGAGAAAGUAAAGGAUUGGGGGACAGGCAUUUGAAACCAAGGGAAUGCCCAGUUCAAAGGUGAGGAGGAAGGCACAUAUUUAUAGAAAAUAGGGUGGAAUGAACAAGUUGGAAUGGGCCAUGAAUUUCAGGCAGAGGACCUUAAACUUUUUAAGGGGUUUUGAGCAGGGAAAUAAAAUAAUCAAUGUCAUGCAUUAUGGAGAUGAAUCUGGAAACAGAGCAUGGAGGCUUCAGAACCACCCAGAGAGGAAAAGUUAGCAGGUGAGCAUGAGUGUAGAGAUGAGGAACAUUAGUGGCUGAUGAGAGGUGCCAGAAGCACCCAGAGAUGAAGUGGCCAAGAGACAGCAUGAAGAAAGAGUCAAAGCACUAGGCGUCAUGUAUGGUUGAUAGAAAAAAAAUCAAAGGGCAAAAUAUGUGUAACAGUCAACUUUGCAUUAUUACAAUGAAACACCUGAGGUAAUUAACUUAUAAAGAGAAAAGGUUUAUUUAAUUCAUGGCUCUGGAGGUUCUAGUUCAAGAUCCACUGACCCCAUAACUUUGGGCCUCUAGUGAGGGUAGUAGAUAGCAACAAUAGGAAAUGCAUGUUGGAGCAGACCAUUAUGUUAUAAGCCAGGAAGCUGAACAGAGCGAAUAGACUGGAAUCUCACAGUCCCUUCUGGGGGCAUGUCCUGGAUGACUAAAGACCACCACUAGGCACAAUCUCCUGAAGACAACAGGACCUCCUGAUGGUGCAAUCCUGGGAGACAAAGCCUUUAACAUGGGCACCUGUAGGGGACACUAUAAGACAAAAGAAACCAGCACCAGUGGUUGUCUUUAGGAGGGCUCUGAGUGGCUGGAGAGCAGGAAAAAGAGUGUGGCCUUCUGGAUUUUUUUUUUACAGUGCUGGGGAUGGAACUCAAGGCUCACACAUCCUAGGCAAGCAUUCUGCCGCUGAGUCCAUCUCCAACCCACCUUUUGGAUUUUGAGCCAUGGAAACAUGUUACCUGUUCAAAAUAAUAAUAACAACAAUAAACCUUAGAAUCAUAUUUUUAAAAUUAAAGGCUAAGCUCUUAUUCAGAUGUUCAGAUGUGGGCACCCAAACCAUCAGCCAAAGGACACGAGAAACUUCUUGCCAUGAAUUAACCCUUUGACGUGGUACACAUUAUUUAACCUCGUUUGGCUAAGAUUUCUUUAUUUAUACCAUAAAGGAGUUGGAUUAGAUCAUUUCUAAGGUCUCUGAAGCCCAACCAAACUCUGAUCUUCUUAAAAAUAUUGGGAGCCGGGAGCUCAGUCCAUAAAACAGAUUGUAAAACAGGAGGGGGAGAGGAACAGAGGACAAUUCCAAGCAUCACCUCCCCUGGCUGGGAGCAGACGAUGACCCGUUGCUGACCAGGGGGUCCUCGGGAGUCGCUUGCUCAUCCACUCAUCUCUUACCAUUCUCCAUUCUCUCCUUCAUCCAGUAAACAUUGGCUGAGCAUUCACCAUGUUCUCAGCUAAGUCCUGAGCAAUCAAAAUCAAGCACAUCAUGGACCUGCCCUCAAGAGCUCACCGUCACGUUGAUUUGCCCACAGAUCUUGCUCUCCAUUGCCAGGGUUUUGCCAAUGCCUCAUUUUAACCAAAAUGGGAGACACUUCCACGUGAAGGCCAGAAAACAUUUGAUUUCACUUCCUAUCCAAGUGCUUGGGGACGGGGUAUAGCUGUUCCUGGCCAUCCAUUCCAUCCCUCCUCGGCCUCUGGUAAGGGGCCUCCACCUUUCUCACCACGGUGCUCACCUGAAAACUCUACUGGGUAAUAUAGGAUGUGAGCUUUGAAACACUCUGAACCAUGCAACGUGAAUCUCACCGUGGCUAGGAAACUCUGAAAUAACCUUUUCUCUUUUUUGUGGUUCAGUUGAAAUGUAAAUAAAACAUCAUUCAAAAACUUAA